CAGACGUCAUUAGCAUAUUUCUGACUAUAUCAGAAGCUUGCGCAAAGGCGAAUCACUUCUGCAGCAAACCGUUGACCAGAGACUUUACAUCCGUGAAGAAACACUUCGACCCAACCGCAACAAUGAGCGACAAACCUGAUGUGUCAGAGGUGGCCAACUUCGACAAGACCAAGCUGAAGAAAACGGAGACGAAGGAGAAGAACCCCCUGCCAACAAAAGARACCAUUGAACAGGAGAAGCAAGCAUCAUGAAGCCUCUCCCGCCCUGUCAUGCACUGUACACUCCCUCCCCCUCCCCUCUCUCCUCCCGCAUUGCCUUGUUUUCAGUCACUUCUCUUAGCUGUAUAACUUUGUAACCGAAAUUUACAAAACGACGACCAUAACGAAGCUGCACACCCCACCCCCCGUGGACAGAUGACGCCCCUGUCAAAGCAGUCGGGGCCCCGUCCACCCACCCUUCCUGAUGCCGCCUCGUCGUAAGGAGGAGGAGGGGUGGGGGGUAUGAAGAGCAGAAGACGUCUCGAACGCCACCAUGACUGACUGCCAGCUCUGGAUGUGCAGGUUAAAGGAGGGGUGGGGGGGGGAGGACAAGGCGUGGCCUGCGUUUCCAGGAAGCUCAUCGCUGUCUCACCGCCACCUUCACCACUCAAACAUCUCGUGGCUGCUUUUCUUUAUAUUUUUAAUUUUUUUUUGUGCGCCUGAGCUGAGGCAUCAAGCUUAUUCUCUUCGUCUUCUAAUUUUUCGGAAAUGCACAACUUUUUGUUUGUACGCUGGCCAAAAUGUAAAAGCCCAAAAAUCGAUAGUUUUCACAACUUUUUUUUUUUUAUUUAAAUUGAUUCCAUCUAGAUCUGGGAGAUGUUCAAAGGGACUUUUUUUUUUUUUUUUUUUUUAAAUUUGGGGUUAAAUUUGAAUUUAUUUAGCCCUGUUUUGUGAGUUAAUUCAGGGUAGCUUUGUGUUCCAAUUCUCUCUGAAUUGUCUCAAGUGAGAAACUUUGAUUACUGGUGUGUAUGGGUUUAUUUUUUAUUUUAUUUUUUUGUUAAACUACUUUUUUGGAGUUUUUGUAAAUUCCCAGCAAUCAUGUUACUCUGCCACAAACAUUACCAGAAAUGGAAAGCCGUGAAAUGUUGUAAUAAAAAGAAUUUGUUACUAAAA